AUGAUGCAAGAAACCGUAGGGAAUACUGUCGGCGCUCUUCAAAUCGCGAUUACUAUCUCUGCUUUGCUCUUCGGGAUUGUCACUAUGCAAUGUUAUCAGUAUUUGAAAAGUUAUCCAGAUGAUGCGACUAUCUUCAAGGUGCUGGUUGCUUUUGAUUGGCUUAUGGAACUUGCACAAUCGGUCUGCGUCUCCUAUCAGAUGUACGUUGUGGCGGUUAUGGGGCCCCAAUCAACCCGUUUCGUCGGUUUCGGAGUUGCAGUGAUUCUUGGGGGGCUGAUUACGGCCGUUGUGCAGAGCUUCUUCUCCUUGCGCCUCUACAAGUUACUGACUCCGCCAUCCAGCUACAUUGGUAUUUUUUGCAUGGUGAUUGCAAAUCUCCGAUGUGUCACAGCUUUCAUAUUCAGUCAGCGAGUCAUCACGCAAGACGUUGGGGUGUGGAGAACACAUUCCUUUGUCUUAAUCAUCCACAGUGCUGUUGUCGGCUGGUGCUGUGAUUGA